AUGUCUUCGCCAGAGCUUUGGAGUCUGAGCCUAAAGAUGCGACAGCUCAAUGCGCGGCUCCGGGCGGACGAGGUAAAGUUCUGGGGCGAUUUGAUCUUAUCCCUCGCCUCUGUGGAGAAGACAUUUCGGCCGAGAACCAGCGAACAUUUUGGGGCUGUUCAGAGAGAUCCCAGCUGCUCUUUCGGGCAAAAGGAAGAGAAUUCCACUGUUCGGUCCUGGCUGGCCUGCUGUGCCAGUACCUGUGGCAGCUGCAGCGACGAGAGGUGCACACAACGUGGUGACCCUCGUGCUUGCUGCCCUUCGGAAUUAACACAGAGAGCCUGCAGCCGCAGCGGUCCACCUUGUCGAAUGCAUCGCAUUCAUCAAGACGUGGCUCCGUCGUAA